AUUUUGUCCUAGGUCUGGCCAGGAGGCCUGACACCCAGAGACCGACCCCACCUCUUGCUCUGGCCAGGCCAUGGGGCCCAGGAACCACCACCUCAGCCUGAGCCUUCUGCUCCUGUUCCUACUCCCUCCAGAGUGCUUGGGAGCUGAGGGCAGGCUGGCUCACAAGCUGUUCCGGGACCUCUUUGCCAACUACACAAGUGCCCUGAGACCUGUGGCAGACACAGACCAGACUCUGAAUGUGACCCUGGAGGUGACGUUGUCCCAGAUCAUCGACAUGGAUGAGCGGAACCAGGUACUGACCCUGUACUUGUGGAUCCGGCAGGAGUGGACAGAUGCCUACCUACGAUGGGACCCUGAUGCCUACGGUGGCCUGGAUGCCAUCCGCAUCCCCAGCAGUCUUGUGUGGCGGCCAGACAUCGUACUCUAUAACAAGGCGGACGCGCAGCCGCCGGCCUCUGCCAGCACGAACGUGGUGGUGCGGCACGACGGCGCAGUGCGCUGGGACGCGCCGGCCAUCACGCACAGCUCGUGCCGCGUGGACGUGUCUGCCUUCCCGUUCGACGCGCAGCGCUGCGGCCUGACGUUCGGUUCGUGGACGCACGGCGGGCACCAGCUGGACGUGCGGCCGCGCGGCGCCGCCGCCAGCCUGGCCGACUUCGUGGAGAACGUGGAGUGGCGCGUGCUGGGCAUGCCGGCGCGGCGGCGCGUGCUCACUUACGGCUGCUGCUCCGAGCCCUACCCCGACGUGACCUUCACGCUGCUGCUGCGCCGCCGCGCCGCCGCCUACGUGUGCAACCUGCUGCUGCCCUGUGUGCUCAUCUCGCUGCUCGCGCCGCUCGCCUUCCACCUGCCCGCAGACUCCGGCGAGAAGGUGUCGCUCGGCGUCACGGUGCUGCUGGCGCUCACCGUGUUCCAGCUGCUCCUGGCCGAGAGCAUGCCGCCUGCCGAGAGCGUGCCGCUAAUCGGGAAGUACUACAUGGCCACUAUGACCAUGGUCACAUUCUCCACGGCACUCACCAUCCUUAUCAUGAACCUACAUUAUUGUGGUCCCAGUGCCCGCCCAGUGCCAGCUUGGGCUCGGGCCCUCCUGCUGGGACACCUGGCACGGGGCCUGUGCGUGCGGGAAAGAGGGGAGCCCUGUGGGCAGCGCAAGCCACCCAAGUCAUCCUCUAGCCCCCAGCCUCCUGAGGGAGCGGCUGGCCCACAAGCAGGCCCUUGCCAUGAGCCACAGUGUCUGUGCCACCAGGAAGCCUUACUGCACCAUGUAGCUACCAUUGCCAAUAUGUUCCGCAGCCACCGGGCUGCGCAGCGCCGCCACGAGGACUGGAAGCGCCUGGCCCGUGUCAUGGACCGUUUCUUCCUGGGCAUCUUCUUCUUCAUGGCCCUGGUCAUGAGCCUCCUGGUGCUGGUGCAGGCCCUGUGACGGCGGGGGCUGGGUCCAGGGAUCCGCUGCAGCCACAGCACCUCCAGCCAGGGAUGGCCAAGGCUAGGUGGUUGAUCCUCUGAUAGGCCAGCCAGUCUCUCCCACUGCUCCUAAGAGCCUGGGACACCCCCUCUUCAGGACCAGAGCUACCGACUUCACUAUCCAUGAGGGAGCACUCAUCGUCUACAUACCCUAACUAAGGGUAUUACAGAGCCUGCCACUCCCCUAAUUCCAGAGGAGGAACUCUAAGAAGGUCAAGAUCAAAGUACAGUUUUGGCAGGACGGAUUUAAAUGUCCAUGCUGGGUGUUAGAGCUCUUAGUGGGGAGAGUGUGGAUUAUUAUAUAAGAAACAGAACUGUCAAGUUUCCUGUCUGCCUCCCUAGGUAGCUGCUGUUGUAGUCUUGCCUGUCUCUGCUUAGGGGCUCAGGAAAGGGGAUUCUUGGUCUAGUUUCCAGAGCAGGACGCUGUACAGACAUUUGGCCCCAAAGCCCCAGCUCAUAAUAAAGUAAGUGUGUGCCUAGCA